AUGUCUUCCACAACUGCUACGAGUGCUUAUUUAAAACCGGAUUAUUUACAACCACUGAAUAAUACAUCUCUUUCCUCUUCAACAACUUCAUAUGAUUCAAGUCAAAGUCCAUUAGCUCUUCUUGCUCAAACAUGUUCAAGCAUUGGAAAAGAUUCUCCAUCACCUCCUUCAUCAUCAUCUUCAUCUUUUUCGUUAAAUACAUCAUUGCUACCUAAUACAGCUCCGCCCAUUAUCACAUCUCUCGUCACUAAAUCUUCGUCCAUUCUUUCAUCAACAUCUAAUAGUGACAAAUCGUUGUCAUCAACUAAACGCUCAUCACCCUCACAGACAAAUAGUACGAUUACAAAUAAAAAGUCAACACUUCCAGUGAAACCCAGUACUAUUCUACCAACCUCGUCUUUCGUCGAGUCAAAUCCAUUAUCAACCCAUUUACCACCAUUAUUUGACCCGACGACAACUACCGCAGCGUUACUUCUUCGUUCUUCUCUUGCUUAUUUAGCUGCUCAACAACAACAACAACAGCAACAACAACAGCAGCAGCAGCAACAACAUCAACAACAUUCAUUUUCAACACCAUGUACAGUUCCAGGUUGUUUACAAUGUGAAACAGUUCGACAUAUACUUGCUGCUUCAGUUAAUAGUCAACCAUAUAUAUGUCAUUGGUUUUCAUGUAAUGCAAGAUUUUCUUCAGCUGAUGAACUUGUUGAACAUUUACGACAUAGUCAUACAUCAUCAACAGGAAAAACAAGUUCUAUUCAUCCACAACAACAACAACAUCAUAAUCAUCAUCGUUUUCAUCCAUAUUUAAAACCACCAUUGAUGUUAAACAACAAUGAUCAGUUACCAUUCUUUUAUCCUCACUUGUCUUUGUCACCGAUGACAGGAACAACACGACGCAGUAAUGUUGUUUAUCAUGUUAAACAAAUUAAAUAUAGAAAAACAAGUGCAAUGGACGAGUCUAAGAAGAACGACAAUCAAUGCGUUGACGAAAAACUACCCAUAUCAACAACGACAUUAAAUUUUUCUGCGUUGAGUAUAAAUGCAACUGAUCGAACGAAAGAACCCGUCAAUAUUCUCUUCUGUGGUCAUGUCGAUGCUGGUAAAUCAACAAUUGGUGGACAAUUACUAUAUCUUACUGGACAAGUUGAUCAACGUACCUUAGAAAGAUAUCAACAUGAAGCACAUGAUCGAGCACGUGAUUCGUGGUCCUUUGCGUAUGUAUUAGAUACUAAUGAAGAAGAACGUGCGAGAGGGAUAACAGUCGAAGUCGGACGAGCUUGGUUUGAAACACGAACAAAACAUUUCACCAUCUUGGAUGCACCUGGCCAUCGAUAUUUCGUUCCAAAUAUGAUCGGAGGAGCAUCACAAGCAGACAUUGCCAUUCUUGUAAUAUCAGCAAGAAAAGGUGAAUUCGAAACAGGAUUUGAACGUGGUGGUCAAACACGUGAACAUGCAAUGCUUGUAAAAACAGCCGGCGUUCGUAAUUUAAUUGUUCUCAUCAAUAAAAUGGAUGAUCCAACUGUUAAAUGGAAUGAAGCAAGAUAUCGAGAAAUUGAAGGAAAAUUAUUACCCUAUCUUAAAACAUGUGGUUUUAAACCUGAGAAAGAUACUAUUUUUAUACCAUGCAGUGGAAUGAGUGGAGCAAUGCUUGUUGAACAUCCAGGAGUAGAAGUUUUGCCUUGGUAUACUGGACCAACGUUUAUCGAAUAUUUGGAUGGAUUGCCAGCGUUUGAUCGAAAUAUUAAUGGCUGUCUUCGAAUGAAUAUCGUCGAACGAUAUAAAGAUAUGGGUGUGAUUGCUCUUGGCAGAAUCGAAUCCGGUCACGUCCGAGUCGGUGAUCGCUGCCUGAUCAUGCCUAAUCGAACACGUGUUGAAGUGUCAAAUAUUUAUUAUGAAGGCAUUGAAACAGAUUCUUGUGUAUGUGGUGAGAAUGUUCGAUUGAAAUUAAAAAAUGUUGAAGAAGAAGAAAUUUCAUCUGGUUUUGUUUUAUGUGAUAUGAUUCAUGAGCCGUGUCAUGUGGCCAGAGUUGCAAUCAUCGAUUACGAUUCAAUCAUAACCAUAGGUUAUUCAGCUAUACUUCACCUUUAUACAACUGUGGUGAAAGUUGAAUUGAAAAAAUUAAUCUGUUUAAUUGAUCGUAAAACUGGCAAUAAAACGUCAUUAACUAUGCCUUUUAUCGAACAAGAUCAAACAGCUAUUGUUCGUUUCGAAUUAUCAGAUCCGAAUGCUGCGAUUUGUAUUGAAACUUUUAAAAAUUUUCCUAAACUCGGUCGAUUUAUCUUACGCGAAAAAGAUCAUACUAUUGCUGUUGGUAAAGUUCUUAAAAUCAAUCCGUAA